AUGCCAUAUCCCUUUACUCUUCCAACCACGUCCGCCUUCUCCUUCUCAUCGUCCUUCUCCUGCGACUCUCAUCCCUCGCUGCCCCUCAGCGCCAGCACGUACCGCGGGGUCGUCCGCGAUGCCCUCAAGAAGCACAAGCGACUCCCGCCGUCCUCGCAAACGGCCAAUCUUAGCACCGUCAUCUCCAGCCUAGAGCACUAUCUCCCGUAUCUCGCCGCGGUGGACGCCGGCCUGAGCAACCAGCCCGUCGGCGGCGAAACCGUCACCACAAUCCUGGAAUCAACUCCCUCCAUCUCAUGGCGGCCUACGCUGUCCGGCGAUCUCGUGCCUGGACGCGAACGCCCCCGCGUCAAGAUCAUCUCACUGGAGCAUGAGCUCUACUUCACACUGUCGACCUUGGGCUUCGCCAAUGUCUUGAUGGCAAGGGCCACGCUGCAGCCCCUGUAUUCCACAACUCUCGACUUUCAGGGGGGUCAGGAGAGGACGACUGUGAUGACGACGGCGACAAAGUAUCUACUGGAAGCCGCUUCCAUAUACGACUACGCUGCCACAAGAAGUGAGCAAAUCAUCGGUAAUCCGCCUUGCGUCGACAUUUCGCCCGCCACGCUCCGAGCCCUGGCUUCUCUCUGUCACGCCGAGGCAACGCUGUUGGCUGUACUAAAGGACGACCCUUGGCCCGCGGCCGUGGCGCAGGAUAGGAACAAGAGCGACAAAGAAUGGAUGUUCAAAGCGCCCGACAUCCCCAAAGUCCGGGCCCAUCUCUACGCCCGCCUCUGCCUCGCCGCAUCGGAACAUGCUGCAAAAGCCGCGGCACUAUGCCAAUCAGCGAGGUCAGCAUCAGGGGCAGGUAUCAGCUCAGGGUUUCUGCGGUACUUGGAGGACUUGCGGCGGACCAGCCGCGCAAAGGCCUGCCGCUUCUUUGGCAUUGACGCAGAGCUGGGGCGAGAUACGGCGCAGGGAAUUGCCUGGGCGCGCGCCGGCUUACACGAGCUCGGCGUGGAGGCCAAGGACACCAACGCAAAGAAAGGCCUGAGCCUGAGUCGCACGAUUAAGGGCCUCAGUGAGAAGAGGGAAGAUCGCCGAGUGGACAAGGAAACCGCCUGGGGAGCCGACGCCGGGAAACUAGAAGAGACCCGGAUCCUCGAAAUGCUAGACGCAAAGUGGAACAAGAUUAACGAUACGAUGAACACGCGGCCUAUUCCGCCUAUAAGCGCGUUGAUCAACAAGAUGCCUUCAGGCCGCGAGAUUCACUCCAUCAAGCCGUACCAGCUCCCGAGUCUGGAUCGAGAUGUGCUCGAGGCUAUGCGUGCACCUCCGGAAGGCGGCGAACCUCUCGAGGGUGAGGCUAGCUCUGACGAUGAGACUCUGGUAGAUACAACAGCCAGUGAUGCGUACAACAGGAGCGGGACACCAAGGGGCCAGUAUUAUUGA